AUGGAUGACAAACUCCCACCAAUCGCCAUUGUCGGCAUGAGUUGGCGCUUCCCAGGGGAAGCCCGGUCUGCCAGCGGAUUCUGGGAUAUCUUGCGAAAAGGCGAAUCGGCCAAGACUCGCAUUCCGGCAGAACGCUUUGACCCAGAUGCGUACUAUCACCCUUCCGCUGAUCGACAGGGUGCUAUCACAACGAAGGAGGGUCACUUUUUGAAGGAGGAUAUUGGGCUCUUCGACGCCCCAUUCUUCUCGCUGACCGCGGCUGAGGCCGAAGGAAUGGACCCCCAACAUCGGAUUUUGUUGGAGGUGACGUAUGAAGCUUUUGAGAAUGCUGGGAUGCCUUUGAAAACCGUUGCGGGGAGUCAAACGGCCGUGAUGGUCGGUUGCUUCACCAAAGACUACGAGGUCACCUCCGGACGGGAGGGCACAUACAUGUCUCCGUACGCAUCGACAGGUUGUGGCGGGGCAAUGACUGCCAAUCGCUUGUCGUGGUUCUAUGAUCUACGAGGACCUUCUCUCAUGAUCGAUACGGCUUGUUCCUCGAGUCUGGUGGGGCUUCAUCUGGCGUGCCGGGAAAUUCAGAGCGGUGGAAGCAAGAUGGCCGUCGUUGCGGGCACCAAUCUUAUGAUCCAGCCGGAGGUGUGGCGGGGUUUGUCGGCCCUGGGGUUCCUGAGCCCCGACGGGCAAUGCCACAGCUUUGAUAGUAGGGCGAACGGCUACGGACGCGGAGAAGGGGUUGGUGUCAUAGUUCUGAAGCCCUUGAUGGAUGCUGUUCGGGACCAUGAUGUAAUCAGGGCGGUCAUUCGGGGCACGGGCAUCAACCAAGAUGGGAAGACCUCCGGGAUCACUGUCCCAAGCUCAGAGGCCCAGGUUAACCUCAUUCGAUCCACCUACGCAGCAGCCGGGCUCGACUUCUCGGAAACAGCGUAUUUCGAGGCCCACGGCACCGGGACACCAGUCGGUGAUCCUCUAGAGCUCUCGGCCAUAGGAGAGACGAUCGGUAUCUCCAAGGCAGUGGCCGGGUCUCCUCCGCUUCUGGUGGGUUCUGUCAAGAGCAACAUCGGACAUCUAGAGGGAGCAUCUGGAAUUGCUGGCCUGAUCAAAACUGUUCUUAUCCUCGAGAAGGGUCAGGUUCCCGCUGUGCAUGGCUUUGAGGCUCCUAAUCCGCGCUUUCAGUUGGACAAAUGGAAUAUUCACAUUCCAACGGAGCUUACGCCAUGGCCAACGACAGGGCUACGUCGGGCUAGUGUCAACUCGUUCGGGUACGGAGGGACGAAUUCGCACGUUAUUCUCGACGAUGCGUUCCAUUAUCUUGCUGAGCAAGAUGGUGUGACUCGCAUCUCUCAAACAUACGCGGAUCAUAUCAAGCAUAGCUUUGACUUAGCGCACAAGGAGUCGGAGGAUAGUCUAGCUACUCUGGACAGUGAGCUCUCCCUCGUCCACACUCUGGCCGAGCGGCGGACUACUUUCGACUACCGCGGGUUCGCUGUUGCCACAUCGCUCACGGAUCUGCAACAAGUCCUGGAAAGUACACCACCCAAGGCGACACGCUCGUUGAAGACUCCUUCUUGUGCCUGGGUGUUCACUGGGCAAGGAGCGCAGUGGCCUGCAAUGGGACGAGAGCUCCAGGAGAUUGGGGUCUUCCAAAAUAGUCUUCUACAGGCGGACAAUUACAUUGCCUCGCUUGGAAGCGAUUUUUCUCUCGUUAUGGAGUUGAACCGGUCAGGGGAGAAAAGCCGCAUUAAUGAGCCGCGUUUCUCGCAGGUAUUGUGUACCGUUGUGCAGGUCGCGCUGGUAGAGCUUCUGCGGUAUUGGCAACUACGCCCCAAGGCCGUCGUGGGUCACUCGAGUGGAGAGAUAGCCGCAGCCUAUGCCUCCGGAGCGCUCAGCAGAGAGGCCGCAUGGCGGAUCGCGUACUUCAGAGGCGUGCACUCGGAACAAAUCGCUACUCUUCUUCCCAACACGCGAGGGUCCAUGUUGGCCGUCAACAUCUCCGAAGCGGGGAUCCGGAGCUAUCUGGACCGAGUCACACAAGGCGAGGCUGUGGUAGCCUGCAUCAACAGUCCGACGAGCGUGACCGUCUCCGGAGAUACGUCUGCGGUGGCCCAGGUUGAGAAUCUGCUCCAGAGCGACGAUGUAUGGUGCAGAAAGCUCAAAGUCCAGACGGCAUAUCAUUCUCCACACAUGAAAGUGAUCGCCGAGCAGUAUCUGGCCUCAAUUCAAGACAUUCAGCCGAGUGAAUUGUCCGAUGCCUCAUUCUUCUCGUCCGUUCUCGGCUCCGAAUUGCCUCCCUCUGGCCUGGGAGCGGACUACUGGGUGCAGAACCUUCUCAGUCCCGUAAGAUUCUCGGAGGCGGUUACCACUCUGCUGAGUCAAAGUCCUACCAAGUUCCGACGGAAGGGAAUGGCUGGGGUGAACGCGCUCAUAGAAAUUGGGCCUCAUUCCGCACUGCAGGGACCUUUGCGCGACAUUGUCUCUCAUAUCUCGAACCUGAACGCGAAUGCCAUCACGUAUACAUCUUUGCUACAGAGGGAGAAAAAUGCGAGAGUAACCGCUCUGGAUGCUGCUGGCAAGCUUUGGAGCCUAGGCUUCAACCUGGAUCUGGCCCGAGUGAACUCUAGCACCAGAUCGCCCUCGUUGCACUGGAAACCACUCGUCAACCUCCCUAGGUACCCAUUCAACCAUAAGAGAAGAUACUGGCAUGAGGCACGAAGCACUCGGCUGAGGCGGACGCGAAACUGUCCUCGGACCGACUUGCCCGGGCUUCCUACAGAUGACCACAAUAACGUCACGCCUCGCUGGACCAAUUUCAUCAGCCCUAUCGAGGUACCGUGGCUGAUGGAUCAUCAGAUCCAAGGACUCGUCGUCUUUCCAGGUGCUGCCAUGCUGGCGAUGGUGCUCGAAGCAUGCAAACAAACAGCUGGCCCACGGGCUGUUUCGAUCCAGGGCUACGAGUUCCACGACGUCACCUUCUCCAGGGCAAUGGUAUUCUCAUCGUCUGUUGCCGUCGUCGAGACAGUGUUACAGCUACGACCUCAUAACUCCGGAACGAGGAGCACCGGCACUACAGCUACACAUUGGAUGCACUUCAGUAUCAUGUCGAUUGCACCGGACGGCACUGCUGCGGAGCACUGCUCGGGACUUGUCCGAGCCCUCUACGCCAACGUCCCCAACGCUGUAGACAGCACCUUAGAAGCCCUCCAGGGUUGGGACAGCUACAAACACGAGUACGCGCUCAUCCGCCAGAAGGCCAAAAAGACACAAGCGGCCAGCCGGCUCUACGAUCGCUUGGCCACACUGGGCCUACGCUUCGGGCCUGCAUUCCGCAACAUCACGGAAAUCCACACGGGUGACGGCUUUGGGCACGGCGAGCUGCAAGUUCAUGACACGGCGGCACGAAUGCCGGAGGGCGUCGAGACUCCGAUUCCAAUACAUCCCACGCUCCUGGACGCAGCCUUCCAGAUGAUGAUUUGUAGUGGAACAGUGAGAGACGAUUCGCCGGCAAUGGCGCCCAGCCUAAUUGAGUCGCUGUAUAUCUCCGCCGAGAUUCCGCCGGUUGGCUCGCGCAUGAGCGGGUACAGCACCCUCAGUCCGAAGAUCCGGCUCAAGCAGAGUGGGAACGUUAUCCUCUCGGAUGAUUCGUGGACUCAGCCCAAGGUGAUACUGAAGGGGUUUGUAUGCAGGGAGCUCGACUCGGCUCAACUGCGGCAUGCUCCCCGCAAGAUCUGCACGCGUUUGGACUGGAGGAUGGAUGUUUUGUCUUCCGCGACCACGGCCCGAGUGAUCAUUACACAUGUCGGGCCGGAUGUGAAGCAGUUCAAGCCCGGUGACAAAGUGGUGGGCAUGCUACAGGGUAGUUUCAACAGCCAUGUCCGCAUCAGAUCAACAAUCAUCCAGCACGUUCCAGACCACAUGACCCUCGAAGACGCGACCACCGCCAUCGUUUCCUUCCUUACUGCCUGGAUUGCACUGGUCAACAAAGCACAUAUCACCCGGAAUGAAACAGUCCUAAUCCAUUACGGUGCCGGUGGCGUCGGCCAAGCCGCGAUCCAGAUCUGCCAGCACCUGGGCGUCGAGAUCUACACGACGGUCGGGUCUCCAAGCAAGAAGAAGCUCUUGGUUCAGCAAUACGGCCUGGCCGAGGAUCACAUUUUCUACUCGCGAGACUCGACGUUUGCCGGGAACCUGAUGAAAAUGACCGCUGGCCGCGGCGUGGAUGUCGUUCUCAACUCGACCUCGGGCGAACUUCUCCGCCAGUCAUGGCUUUGUGUCGCGGACCACGGGCGCUUCGUGGAGAUCGGGAAACGGGAUAUCUUGACUAACGUGGGCCUCGACAUGCACCCAUUUAUCCGCGGUCCCGUUCACAUGGAAUGUUCCGAGGCAAUGGAUGAGAUCUUUCAUCUCUUCCGGACGAAGCGCUUCCGGGCGCUGAACCCACUGACGGUCUACAGCUACUCCCAGGUAGAGCAGGCGUUCCGUGCCCUGCAAGCCGGGGAAAUCUCGGGCAAGGUCGUAGUCCAGGCUCGACAAGAUGAUCUCGUCCCGGUCGUGCCGCCGGUCGAAGGCCCGUUGGCAAUGGAUCCAGACUCGACAUAUCUUCUGGCUGGCGGGCUGGGUGGCAUCGGUCGCAGUAUUGCAGACAUGCUGCUGUCCCAUGGUGCAAGACAUCUUGCGUUUAUAUCUCGAUCGGGCGACGCCAAGGGCGAGGCGAGGCGUUUCAUGGAUCAACUUCAGCGACAUGGUUGCGAUGCACGGGCUUAUGCCUGUGACAUCUCCGACCGCGAGAGUCUUCGAAGUACACUGGCAAGGUGUUCAUCGGAGAUGCCCCCGAUUAAGGGCCUUAUCCAGUGCUCGAUGAUACUGAAGGACGGAAUCUUCGAACAAUUGCCCUACGAAGACUGGAUCAUCAGUACUCGUCCCAAGAUUCAAGGCUCAUGGAAUCUGCAUGAGCUCCUUCCGCCAGACCUUCAUUUCUUCAUCAUGCUGUCGUCCGUGUCUGGCAUCAUCGGUAAUGCGGGGCAAGCCAACUACGCCGCCGGCAACGCGUUCGUUGACGCCUUAGCUCAUUUCCGGCGCCGUCAGGGCCUUACUGCCACGGCGCUGGAUCUCGGUGCCGUUCGCGAUGUUGGAUAUAUUGCUGAGUCGUCCGGUGACCGUGCGGCGGACCUAGCUCAUACCAAGGCGUUUCAGGUGGCCGAGAAUGAGGUUCUUCGUCUGGUGAAGCUUGCAAUUGCGGCAGAUCACACUGUCGGGCAGCAGCAGCGUGGGAGAGACCCAGGCCCAGGCCGAAACGGCCACCACGACCGCCAUCAUGAAAUCCCGGCGCAAAUUAUAAUGGGCUUGGGCAGCACGAGGCUGGAGAUGGAAGAGUUCCUCCGACGGGCGCACUGGGCGCGCGACGCCAAGUUCUCGACGCUGUGGAAGCCGGACUGUGCGACGAACGGUAGCAAUGACGCGGCGUUGCAGUCGGGGUUGGAGGCCUUCAGCAAUGCUGACUCCCUUGAGGCUGCCGCUGGGAUUGCAGAGGAUAUGAUUGUCUCGCGUAUGGCCAGGAUGCUGAUGAUCCCAAUGGAAGAUAUCAAUGGUGCCCAGCCUUUGCAUACUUAUGGAGUCAACUCGCUGGUCGCUGUUGAGAUUAGGGCGUGGAUAGCGAAGGAAUUUCAGACCGAAAUCGCCGUCUUCGACAUCCUCAGCUCCAUUCCCUUAUCUGGUCUUGCGACCAAGAUCGUCCGUGAGAGCAAACUGCUUCCCGCACGACUGAUGAAAGAGACUAGUGGAUCUGACGAGAAGGGCGAGAGGGCCGAGGAGUCACACUUGUGA